AAGCAGGCAGUGGCCAAGAUUACGUGACCUCAGAAAACCAGCUGCUUUACUACCCUAGUAUCACCUAUGCUAUCAUUGGCAGCUCUGUCAUUUUCGUGCUGGUGGUGGCCUUCCUUGCCUUAGUCCUGCAUCACCAGAGGAAGCGCAACAACCUCAUGACCCUACCCGUGCAUCGCCUGCAGCAUCCUGUGCUGCUGUCCCGGCUGGUGGUCCUCGACCACCCACACCACUGCAGCGUCACCUACAACGUCAACAACGGCAUCCAGUACAUGUCCAACCAGGCUUACCACAGGCCAGUGGACCUGGACUCUCCACCCUCCUAUUCAGAGGCUGUUCUCGACCAAAGCAGACCACCUUGGUUUGACCUUCCUCCACCACCUUAUUGUUCUGAAUCUGAAUCCUCUAAUCAGCCAGAUCUUCCUCCUUACCGAUCUCGGACGGGAAGCUUGGCAAGCACAGACAUCCCCAUGGCAGAAAGUCCUCUGGGCACAUCUGGCAGUUGGACAAGAGCCAUCCAUGACAGCACAGAUGGCCACAGAACUCUUCUUGAGAGGACAGUAGAUCAGAGUGAUUCUCUGCUCAACCACAUUGCUGAAAGAGAAGUGUAA